CAAAACAUUCACGUAAGGUAUCAAAACGAGCACUAUGGCAUCUCUCCAUGUCGAUAGCCCGCAAGAGCUAUUCAGAGCCCAAUCCCAUAUAUGGAACCACACAUUUAGCUUCAUAAACUCUCUGUCACUGAAAUGUGCCGUAGAGCUCAACAUACCUGAUAUCAUUCACAAUCACGGCAACUCCAUCACUCUCUCCGAUCUAUCGGACUCUCUAUCCAUUCCUCGAUCGAAAACUCCUUGUCUCCGGCGCCUCAUGAGCCUCUUGGUUCAUUCCAAAUUCCUCUCCGAAGAGAAAAUUGGUGUCAACAAUGAAGAAUCAGUUUUUUCUCUCACUGUCGUUUCUCAAGUUUUUCUUACAAAAAAUAAAAGUAAUGCUUCUCCGUUUCUCCUCUUAAUGUUGGACCAAAUUUUCCUUCGUCCGUGGCAUUUUCUUAGCGAGUGGUUCAAAGGCGACGAGCCCACUACCGCCUUUGAAAUAGCACACGGGAUGCCUUUGUGGGAUGCUACUCGAAAAAUGAUAGUAUUUAAUGAGAUGUUGAACGAGGGGUUGUCGAGUGAUGCUAGUUUCACUGCGGAGAUCAUUGUGAGGGAUUGUGGUGAGGUUUUCCAAGGGUUGAGGUCUUUGGUUGAUGUCGGAGGGGGCCCGGGCAAAUUGGCAUGUGCAGUUGCGAGGGAGUUUGGGUUGAAGUGCAAGGUGCUCGAGCUGCCUCAUGUGGUUGCGGGGUUGGAGGAGAGCGAGGAGGUGAAGUUUGUCGGAGGCGAUAUGUUUGAUUAUGUGCCAAAGGCAGAUGCAGCAUUGCUCAAGUGGGUUUUACAUGAUUGGAGUGAUGAAGAAUGUGUGAAAAUACUCAAAAAUUGCAAGGAGGCUAUUCCUUUGAAGGAAAAUGGUGGUAAAGUGAUUAUAAUAGAAAUGGUUAUGGACUCGAGCAUUGUUGGUCAUGAAUUAGCUCAGACACAAUUUUUCUUUGAUGUUCAUAUGAUGGUUCAUACUCCUGGCAAGCAAAGAUCUGAACAAGUAUGGAAGAAAAUUUUCAUUGAUGCAGGUUUUAGAGGCUACAAGAUUUUACCUAUUUUGGGUUUAAGAUCAGUUAUUGAGGUUUAUCCUUGAUAUUUAUAGUACUUCAUUAUUGUUUGAGUGCAAAAAGAUAUUUCGUUUUACAUUUUGCUUAUCUGAUAGUACAUGUAUUAAUGGGGUCAUUUGUACGUGUGUCCGAUUGUUUACGUUUAAUGCAUGUUCUAGUGUGUAUUUUCAUCC